UUAAGAUAAAAAAGCUUAGUACACUACAACAGCUCUAUCUGCACAUCCCUCAGUGUAUAAAGGCAGCUGAGACCUUAGGAUUGUCAUCUCAUAGGCAUCAUGAGUGAGAGACAAAGUUCUGGAGCAGCAAGUGCAAAGGACAAGAAAUCAGAUGGGAAUGACGACCAGAAGAAGGUUGAGGAGGACUUUGACAUCGACAUGGACGCCCCAGAGACAGAGCGAGCGGCUGUAGCGAUACAGUCUCAGUUCAGGAAAUUCCAAAAGAAGAAGCAAGGCGCUGACGACUAGUAGUACCUACCUCUCACCACCGGGGGAAUAAUAAACUUUAUCUUAAAAAAAUGAAAUAAAAAAAAAGAAUAUAAUGAUUUAUCAGGAAAUUAGGAGUCUCUAGGAUGCAUGUACAAAGGUUCUAACUAUUUAUAGUCUAUUAGACAUAAACCACUGAGCAAGUCACUGCGGUAUGUUUCUCAAAACCAGUCCCAACUGUAACCUACUAUUUUAUGUGAUAUUAUAAUAAAUAAUGAUGAGAUGAUAAGUAGAAA